ACCAUAGUGAAGUGCGUGCUAUACAUACGUUGAGGAUUUACAUGAGUGCUUCAAUAUGAGAUAACUGGAUACAAUCCCCAUGUGCACGUUGGAGCAAGAUGGUGAGAGAGACUCGGCAUCUCUGGGUAGGAAAUUUACCCGAGAACAUAAGCGAAGAGCGGAUUAAGGAACAUUUCAAACGUUAUGGCCCCGUGCAGAGUGUUAAGGUGCUGGCGGGGGGCGGAGUGGGCGGCGAGGAAGGGAGUGCAGGUAUAUGCGCCACCGUGGCCUUCGUGGAUAUCUGCUCGGCAGCUAAGGCCCAUAAAGCUGAUAAUCGGUUGGAGGACCGCUGCCUCAAGACUACUUACCACGAGGCCUCCCUGAGUGCCCUCUCCUCGCCCCAAUACACCCCACCCAUUCACCUACAUAGGGAACCGCCCUCCCACCAGUACACGCCCACGCCACCACCCGCGCCCAAUUCUAACAACCCUGCCCUAGCCGCCCGCAGUCCCAGAUUCUCUGGGUUGUCUGAGGACCACAGUGGGUAUGAACGCUCUAGUCAUUUUUACGAAGGUAGACGAGAUGAAAGUUUAGGCUAUAAUGGACCUGGAGUUGGGCCUCCAGGAAUGCGUCGUGUUUACCCAAAUGAUCGUGAUCAAGACUUCACUAGUAGAGGUCGGUUACGAUUGUAUUCAAGGGGGCCCUAUAGUAGUGGACGACCAGACCAGGGAGACUAUCGUUGGGGAAACACCCAGUAUCGGUAUCCACACCAGGACCCUUAUGUUGAAGAAAAGGUGGUGGUACGGAGAGGGGUUGUACCACCUGCCCCCUCUUCGCCUCCCCUCCAACGCUCUGCUGCUCCUCGGCCCACAAGAAUACCUGCUGGCAGUGGUAAUAUGGGCAAGAGGCGACAUGCCAGUAGAUCUGGUUCAGAAUCCCGGUCAUCAAGUAGAAGCAGCAGUAGUAGCAGCAGCAGCAGCAGUAGUAGCCGCUCUACCUCCAGCAGUUCACGGACGCCAUCUCCUGGAAGAGUGACUGCUGCCGGUAUUUCAAGCACAGGAAUGUUAACUACUGUUGGGGGACUUGGUUCCCCUCAGGAAGAAAAGAGACCAGUAGCCAUCUGUGUUAGAAAUUUACCACCAUGGUCAACUGAAACUUCUUUACGGGAAGGAUUAUUCCAUGACUACAAGAAACAUGGGAAGGUAAUGGCUGUGCGCUUGCUGGGCUCUGGCAAUGACCGCUUUGCUGUUGUCUGCUUUAAGAAGCCAGAAGAUGCCGAAAAAGCUCUUGAUGCCUCACGUGAAAAGCUUUUUUUUGGUGUAAAGAUUCAGGUGGCACCACAUGAGGGUGUUGAACUGGAUGAGAGUGAAUGUAGAGCAUAUGAUGUAGAAGUUGAUGAGUAUCACCCGAGGGCCACACGAACCUUGUUCAUUGGAAAUCUAGAAAAAGAUGUGACCAUAGAAGAUCUUAAGAAACAUUUUGAGCAGUUUGGUGACAUCAUUGAAAUUGACAUAAAGAAGCAGAGUGUGUCAACCUUUGCAUUCUGCCAGUACUCUGAUAUUAGGUCAGUGGUAAGAGCGAUGAGGCAGAUGGAUGGGGAACAUCUAGGGGCCAACAGGAUUAAAUUGGGAUUUGGAAAGUCUAUGCCAACCCGGUGUGUUUGGAUUGAUGGUGUGCCAGAAAAUCUUUCCGAACAACAACUCUAUGAGCAGUUCUCACGCUUUGGGCCUGUGGCACAUACCAUAAUUGAUAGAGAAAAAGGACAUGCAUUGAUAUUUUAUGAAGCUGAAAAAUGUGCAUCAAAUGCAGUCAUAGAGAUGCGUGGAAGAGUUCUCAAUGGCAGAAAAAUUCAAAUUGACUUUGCUUCAAGAGAGUGCCAGGUUGCUUUUUUUGACCACCUUUCUAAGCAAGGCCACCCACUACCAGCAGAAAGACCAUGGGAAAGAAGAGAAUUGGACAAAGAACCCGGGCGGUAUGAGGGAACAGCCAACAGAUAUAACAGCAGGUAUGAACGUGCCAGGAGAGAAAGUGCUGCUUUUCCUGCAAGACCAGCAACCAAUAAUCGCACUUCCACUUACAACUCCUCCGGUAACAGAAGUAGAGGGAGAUAUGAUAAUUAUGAUGAAUUUGCACCAGGGCGAAGCUAUGAUGAAUACAGUCAAGGCAGUGGAGCUUCAUAUGAAGAUUCAUAUGAGCGAGAGCUUCGCGAGUAUGCUGGGAGUCAGCGGUAUGGAGAUGGGGUUGGCACUGCUGCAACUGCUGCAACUGCUGCAGGCAGCUGUCGCCGUCAUAGCUUCAGUCCUGCUCGCCGACGGGAUGAUCGCUCACCGGGAUCACAACGGGCACACUCUAGAGACAGGAGCAGUUUAAGCCCUUCUGCAAGAACUCAGUAUGAGGAAAACGAAACUGGAGUUCGCCGUACUGCACGAAGGUCAACCAGUGAUCAUGACAGUUUUCACAGUCAGUCUCCUCCUGGCUCUCGUGCUGCCUCUCCCCCUCCACCACCACGGCCAGCAAAAUCUGUGUCUGGGUCAUCUCGUCUAGCCCCUCCUCCUAGAUCACCAGGAACUCCAGUUGCUGCUUCACCAUCCAGAGAAGUAACCCUCCUAGAUGAUCGUUCCCUUCCAGCCCCUGGUGACUACAGGCGACGUACCAGUGACCUGAAAGACCUUGUUGUAAGAGUCAGUGAUGUAAGGCGACCACCACCAGCCCCCCCAGAAUCACCUCAUCGCACAGGGUCUCACAGAAUACAUCGUUCUUCACACACAGAAGAUGGAGAAGAUGUAGUGAGUAGCAGUAGUGGGGGAGGUGGUGGACCACAAGACCCGAGACUAAUGCACAGACGAGGUGCUGAUGAUCCACCAUCAUCUGGGGAUGAGCGUCCUCCAGACCCUGAACGCCCCCACAAGAAGGCGCGUUACAGUGAGGCUAACUAUGAAAAAUCUAACAGUGUAAAAAGAAUGGCAGACAGCAGUGAUGCCAUUCCAAAUUUCAGGAGGCCUCAUGAUGCACGAAGGGAUGGAAGAUUGCUCAGGAGGAGUGGAGACCCAUUACCACCACCACCUCGUCAUUCUGAAGAAGGGCUUCAUGAUCCACGCUACCGCAGAGCAUCUUUGCCUGACUCUGAUGAUAUACACUGGCGCCGUGAUGCCGUUCAUGUGUCUUCCUCGUGUGAUGCAGCUGCUGAUCACAGUGAUGCCAGCCCUCCAGGCACGCCUGUUCGUGAUGAGAGGGAUGACUCCACAGAACCUCCACGUCACACCAUGCAUCACCAUCACCAUCACCACAAUCAUCACCAUCACCAUCACCGAGAACGGUAUCAAAGUGUACCACUGUCUUUACCAUUGCCAAGGUUUGCACAACAAGUCCGUGCUCAUCUUUCACCGCGUGCAGCAUCAACAUCACCAAAAGGUGCAAACAUGUUGCGUUCACCUCCCUUUAGUGGAGGGAAUAAUGCAGUUCGAAGUGAUGUUCGUGAAGUGGGUGGUGUUGUUCUGGACACUCCGAUGUCACCAGGACCAAGAGACAGUCCCUCAGACUCGGAGGAAUCUCCACAUUCUCCGUGUAGCCCAUCUGUAGAUCUUGAGCAGAGAAUUCGUGCUUUAGAUGAAAAAUAUGAAAAAUGGUCUGGGUCUUCAAGGGUUGUGGGUAACAAUUUAUCAGCACCUGUAAAUGAAACUGUAAAUGACAGUGGAAAUAGUUCAGGUGGUAGUGUUGGGAAAAAUGCAAGAUUGCCACGUAUACUUGAUCUUGAUGAGUUGCGGUCACAGCCGUCCGAUAUUGUGAAGUCCCUGCUCUCAAAGAGAUCAGUCUUUGAUGAGGACAGCAAGCGGUUGGAAAAUGUUGGUGAUAAAUAUGAACCCAAACCCUUCACUGCAACCCCACGCACCAGUAGGGUUGGAAGUCUGUUACCAAGCCCACCUGUUGUGAGUGUGCAGGUUCCUCGCCUGCCUACCACCCCACCAGCAGUGCCCUCUGCAACACCUAUAAGUAGCCUGCCAGGUGUCAGACUUUCCAGUCAACAAUCUCAACAACCUCUUACUUCAAGUCCUUCUCAAGUUCCUAGGGUGUGUGUUUCUGUGCCGCAGGUCAGUAAAUCUCAGGGAUUGUCACCGUUGCAUAGACCUGCGGUUUCUCAGGCAGUAAGACCACCUGCCUCAAGCCCUGGCUUUAGCCCCGGUGUCAGCCCUGGAGUAAGUCCUGCCCAUCCACCGCACUUAUCUCCGGUUACGCCUGUAAGUCCUGCACCACCCCUCACCACCACCUCUUCCAUUGCCACCACCACAAGUACUACCUCAGCUGCCACUCCUCUUAGACGUACGUCUGUACCACCACGCACAGUGCGUUUAGAGUUACCAGUCAGCACAGGCAAUGAAGGUGAGGAGUUAGGGGAUGGCAGUUCAAGUGGAGUAGUUACUGUUGUUGCUGAUACUCGUGUUACAGGUGUAGUGUCAGUCACACAGACAGUCUCCUGCAGCAAGUCUGUAUUAACAACUACUACCAGCCUCUUACAACCGGUGCCCAGUGCUGUUUCACGGUCACUUUCAGGAGAUUCUGCUCCUUACAAUGUACCUGAGAGGAGUGGCAGUCAUGCACUCCCACUGUUAGUAAAGGAAGAGCCUUGUGUGGAAGAGACUGUGGAUCCUAUUAUACAGAGAAUUAAGAGUGGAGAACCCAGAUUAGAUGAAGCUAAAGCCAAAGAUUGUACUAGGGAAGAUAGUGAUAAUAUGGACACUAUUGAAUCGCUUGCAACAGAUCAGGUUAAAGCACAGGUACCUAACUUUAAAACAGAGUCUGUGAAGGUAGAGACAGUGAAGACUGAAACAGUGAAGUUAGAACCGUUAAAAUCUGAGACUAUAAAGUUGGAACCUAUCAAGGUUGAAAAUGUGAAGGUGGAGGUGAUAAAGGGUGAGCCAGUGAAUAAGGACGUAACUAAUAACCACAAACGAAGACAUAGCAGUGUUGAUGCAGAAACUCGAAAUAAGUUAGACUGCAAAGGUGUUGAGCCCGAUGCUAAACGUGUCAAGUAUGAAGGUGAGGAUGAAAAAGUCUUACGUGAGAAAAUCACCAAAGAUAGGAGAGAUUCUCGGGAUGCAAGGGAUGGCAAAAAGAGUGAAAGGGAAAAGAGAAACAGAAGUGGUAGAAGGGAAGAAGUGAGGGAAGGGCAUGAUGAAAAGUUGAACAAUCGCACAUUUGAUGGGCCAGAAACCAAACAAAAGAGAAAGACUCAUGAAAAUAGAUCAGAGGAAAGAAAAGAGGAAAGCCACAAGAAGGAAGAAAAGAAGGACAGGCGGAAAGAAAAGUAUGAAGAAAGACCUCCAGAAAAAAUAUCACGGGAAAAGUUUCAUGACAUCAAGGUGGAUGCAAGGACUUCUGAAAAGGUCAGUGAUAGGAGAACUGAUGAAAGAAAAGAAGAAAGAAGGGAUGAGAAGAAGGAGGAAAAGAAAGAGGAAAAACGUGAAGAGAAGAAAGAAGAAAAAUAUGAUGAGAAGAAAGAAGAGAGAAAAGAAGAUAAGAAGGAAGAAAGGAAAGAAAAUAUCCGAGAGGAAAGAAUCAAGAGUGAAGGUGGAAAAGGAAGACAUGGUGAAGACAAGAAAGUUGAAACAAGGGACCAGAAACAUAAAGAAAGAAAGGAAAAAUCAAAGGACAAAGAGCGUCUUAAAAGUUCCACAUUCUCCAGGCAUGAUAAGGAGGUGGACAGGGAAAGAACUAAAGAUAAAGAGAGAGACAAAGAAAAAGAACGUGAAAAAGAAAAGGUGACUGAGAAAGACAAAGACAAGAAUGUGGACAGAGAGAGGGAAAAAACUGUUGAGAGAGAAAGAGAAAAGAAAGAGAGGGAAAAGGCUCUAGAGAAGGAGAGAGAAAAGAUGUUAGAAAAAGAAAAAGCUCUUGAAAAAGAAAAGGAAAAAUCAGCAGAAAAGGACAGAGAAAAAGUGUUGGAGAAAGAGCGGGAAAGGGAGAAGGACAGAGACAAAGUUAGAUUGAAUGAUCGUUCACGAGAGCGGGAGAAGGAACGCAGUGGACGCAUGAAUCACAGGGAUACCAAUGAAAGAAUCGAGAACAAGCGUGAUGGGCGGCACAAUAGUGAACAUCGUCACAUAGACAAAAGAAAAGAUUUGAGACAUGAAACCUCAAGCAGACACCACCACAGAGCAUAUGAUGCUUCAGAGACCAUUGACAUGAAACAUAAGCCCCGUAAGUCCCGGCCUCUGGACACUGAUGAGGAAGAAGUUACAGAAUCAAACAAACUGGCUUCUGCUCACUAUUCUAGUAGUGAUGACACAACAGUAACUAAUCAUGAUGUUGUUUUACCACAAAUGGAUGAAUCAGUUCAUCGUUUGGAUAAGUCAGAGUCCAGAGGAGAGCUUGAUGAGAGGAGGUCACGUGACAACCGAAGAAGAAAGCAUGACUCAGGCAAAAGUGACAAGAGUGACGGAGAAACAAAAUUAAAGGUGUUGUCGAGCCGCAACAAAACUGUUCCAUCACAACCUUCAAAGAUCAAAGUUCGUACAGAUUCCGUUGAACCAGAUAUGCAAAUUAGUGACAUAGCAACCUCAGAAGAUGAAGUAACAAGGCAUAAAGGUGAAAAUAUGUCCAGACGAAAUAGUACAAGUAGUAAACUUCCCCAACAGCAAAUAAGACCAGGAGUUACAUCUGGUAUGAAAAACAAGCAUAAUGUAAAACCAAAAUCCAUAUUUGACCCAGAGAGUGAUACUGCAGACAGCCUGACUGGUUCAGGUGGUGAGGUGGAAGAGGGAGAAGAGGUUCCUAAAAAGCAUUCAAUAUUUGACAUUCCUGCUGAUGAUGGUAUGUUUGACAUGUACGACAAGGUUAAAGCAAGGCGGCUUAAGGUCCAGCAGAAGCAAGAGGAAGAUCGAAGACAACAAGAAAUUAAACAGUUGCAGAUGCAGAAGUACCGACAACAUCAGCGUGCAAGGAAGGAGAAGAAGGCAGUACAUCCAAUGCAUUCAGACAUAUCAGACUCUGAGGAGGAGGAGGAGGAGGAAGAGAAUGUGCGUGGCCAGAAACGUGUACAUAAUCAACACACAAGUUCUGAUGAUGAUCCAUUUCGUAAGCGACGUCCUACACAGUUAUCCACUGAUGAAACAGAUGAUGAUAUUUGCCUUCGUCAAGAUAAGAAAAAGAUCGCAGCAGUGCUCAGUAACAAAAAGGAACAGAAACAUAAAGUUAAGAAUAUGAUAGUCUCAGAUGUCACAACAGAUGAAGAAGUUGUUGUUAAUAUGCCCAGGUUUCCAUCUGGAAGACCAAAUAGAAUUUCAGACAAUACUGAACCUUCUGAUGCAAUCCGAAGUCGUGGUGAUCAUAUUUAUACAGAUUCUGAUACAGAAGGUGAAGUGACACCUAGAAUACCUAGUAAGCCACUAAGGGAGAUAGAAUCAGAUAGUGAAGUUUCAGAUGUUCCAUCUCAUGCAAAACCACCAAAGCCGUCAGCAAGAGUGAAAGCUCGCGACAAAGAGAGAAAGGUUGGCCGGAACAGGGAAAAGACAAAGCCUUGUGUGAGCAAGGAACUCAUAAGCACAUCAGAAGACAGUGAUGGUGCAGUACCAUCAGAAGAUUCAAGGCCUGUCAGACCAAAAGCAAAGGCAGAUCCAGUUGAAAUAAGGCCAGAAAAACCCAUGACUCAACCACAGCGAGAACGGAAACGAACAGGUGACACUGGUAUUGUAAGGGAAAAGGUCCCCUCAAAAAAGGAUGAAAGAAUGGAAGCCAUCUUUGGUCUCAUAUCAGAUGACUCUGACCCAACACCCCCAACACCAAGACCAAGACCUGCUUCAGCUACAGCAAGGCGAAAAGGAUCUGCUUCUUCAGGUGCCUCCACUGCUCCUCCAUCACUAUCUCCAGCACCAACCAGACUAUCUGUGUGUGAAGUAUAUGACACUGAUUCUGAUGAUACUCAAAUGUCACAUGUUUCAAAUCUUGCAAAACCUGGGCAUGUCUCCACUAAAUCAAUUCAACAGGACAGUUCAUGGAUAGAGCAGAAAACUGAGAAUAAGAUUGAGACUAAAUUGAAAUCAGAGUACAGAAAUGAGGAAAGAAGAAGUGUGAAGAAAGAUCGAUCCAAGCGAGACUCUCUUCCUCCUCCAGAGAUGGUUAGACCUGUCUCCGAUUCUGGCAAAGGUAGCAGCAGUAGCAGCACAAGUACCAGCAAUACUAUGAGUACUAAUAGUAGUGCAAAUAGUAGCAGCUCUACAGAGGAAGUUGCUCAGUCUGAGCUUCUCCUAAUCACAGAAGUGAUUAAAGAGGAAAAUGAAUCUCAUGAUUCAGAAGCCAGUGCUCCUGUUGAUGUGUUCCGGUUUACUGAUGAAGAUGCAGGUGAAAGAGAUACCAGAAAGGACAAGAAAAAGAAGAAGAAGCACCGAGAAAAAGAGGGCAGCCGUGGAAGGCGUCACCAUCGACAUACAAGUGAGGAACAAUAUGCUGGAGAUCAGCAAAGUGAUCGUCAUAACAUUGAACAUUCAUCCAUGUUGUUGAUUGACACAGCAUCUCCGCAGAGUCCUCAUAGUGCAUCAUCAUCAAGCAUGCUAAGCCCUAAGGAGAAAUUACCUCGACCACCACAGACUCCCACCAUGCCACAUAGCCCAAGAGUUGUUGCACCACCAUCUGGGUCAGUUUGUAACUCAACUCAUCCACCACAUAGUCCUCCCGAUGCUAUCUCUAUGAAAAGUCCAUCCACACGAACUCUGUCAUGUGACUCACAAGAUUCUGUUGGCUCACGUGACAGUAAAGAAUUAUUAGAAGUUAAGGACAGCAGAAGCCCUCAUCCUCUAUCUACCCUUCCUCCAGAUGCAGCAGAAUCUGCUGUGCAGAGUCUUGCAUCUCAUGUCCCUCCAUCAUCUCCUGCAGGACAUGAACCCAUAUUUGAAGAUAUUACAGAAGCCUCUAAUCUUAGUGCUCCUGAAAAUUCUGUAGAUGUCACUGCUGGAAAUAAUGGAAAUGGCAGUGCUAAAGCUUCAAGAGCAGUUAUUUCUCAGGAGGAAACUUUGAAUGCUGUUGCUGGACUUCUUGCUUGUUAUGAUGACUACAGUGAAGAUGCCAGUGUACAGCCCACUGAUGAGGAAACAUUGAUGCCACCAGAUGCUUCUGUGGCUGCAGAAGAUGCAUUUGAAGAAGCGCAGAAAGCAGCACAGAUGUUACAGUGUGAAAUGCCGGGAGAAAGAGAUGAAGCAUGGCCCCAGCAGACUCCUCAUAGUACACCUACAACAUCAACAAAAGUUUCUGGGGAAAGUGAAACUCAGCCAGUACCAACACAAGAAGAGGAAGAGGAGGAGGAACCAGAUAAUGUUGAGUCAAGAUUUCCUCAAGCACCCCCUGACAGUCCAGCAUCAAUGCAGUCAGAACCAGAACUGCAAAUUGAUGAAGACCAACCAGAUCCAGUGGAUGAUAUGGAAGGUCCACCUGCCCCUCCAGAACAGAAAGAAUCAUGUCCAUCAGGCCAUGGAACUGCCUGGACAGAAUCAGUGGAAAAGACUAGUAAACCACAGGAAACAUCUACUAAAUUGGUAACUGAUGGAGAUGAUCACAAAGAAUCUGCACUCAAACAGGAAGAAAAAGAGAUACAAGAAAGAAAGGAAGAAAUUAAAAAUCCCACGCAGGCCAGUGAUGAGAAGGUUAAGUUCAUAUUUGAUGAAGAAAAAGGUGACUUACCUCAUGAGACAGUAACUGAAUCAAAUCAAUCACAAGCUAUAGUUGAAGAUGGUCCCAAAACACCAGAAUCCAUAAAAUCGCCAGCAACACUCAAGGAGUGUCUUGAUUCAACUAGUGAAAUGGCUGAAACCCUUCAAAAAUCCUCAGAUGUGUCAUUAAAUCCUCUUACAACUUCAGCAAAUUCAGAAUCAGUUCAGUCCAAGUCAAAGAGACCAAAGAGUCCUGAGAGUGUGCAGCCUAAUACUGAAACGGACAAAUUAGAUGUCUGUACUUCAAAAACAGUCCAGCCUGAUAUGAUUACUCCAGCAAGUACCAUUCCAUCAACCUUGGUACUACACUCUUCAACUGUACCAAGUACUUUGCAAAGCAUCUCAACUGUAGCACCAACCUCUGCUACAGCUACUACCCCUUCAUCUGUGGCUGUACCAACAACAUUACAUUCUCCAGUUUCCUCAGGUCCUAUGCAACCAUUGGCAUCAAGAACUACUACAGUAUCUAGCCCCUCAUCAGUUGCUACAACAACAACAACUGAUUCUAAACCUAGACCAGCUUGUACAAUAGUGCCCACUACAAUUGUACCUUCUACAGUUGUUUCUCUAAGCUCUGCUUCAAGUACCUCUACAACAUCAACAGUAGUGUCUUCAAAAAUAUCGCCUACCAUUCCUACUACAGCUACAAGUACUGUUUCCACAGCUGUCUUUACUCAGUCAUUGCAAAAACCUGUAGGACCAAUUCCUACUACAGCAUUAAUAUCAAGUACUACUGUGGCUCCAGUAUCCACAAAUACAACAACAAAUGCAGUAAUUGGUCCACUUCCUGUGAAAACAACAGUUGCAGUACCAACAAACAUAAUUGCACCAAAUCCUGUGAAGGUUCCUUCUUCAGAAACCAUCUCCAGUCUAGAAACUUUGCCAAAACCAACACCGGCAGGUUCAUCAAUCCCAUUGGUUGCAUCUGUUCAUAUUGCUAAAACAAGAUCCAGAGUUCCUCAGGAACCUGCUUUUGUUCCGGAGCAACCUUUAGUAUUAGUCUCCACUGCAACAUCUAAUUCAGACCCAGUUUCAUCUGUAGGAUCAACAUCAGUGCCCACUUCAACAACUUUGUCAAGUACUUCACUGUACUCUAGUCCAUCUGCAGGCUCCACACCUACAUCAUUGCCUUCUGUAGCACCAGUAAUGAAAACACUGAUAUCUGCUAAAACAAUUCCAACAACAAGUACAUUAACUCUGGCACCAAUAUCCACUGUAUCCUUGUCAGUGCCGGAACCAUCAACUCUGAUAAAAGCUGUUUCUGAGUCUUUUUCAACUGCAACAUCAGCACCCACUUAUUCAGAUGCUUUACCAUCUCCAGCAACUACUACAUCUUUAUCCUCUUCUGAUUCCAAUACACUAAUGACCACUGCGAGUACUUGUAGUUCACCAAGUGUUCUGUCAACUACAACAGCAACCAUGUUCUCUACAGUAUUGUCUCCAACUGCACCAUCUGUCAUCUCAACUGCACCUAAUUUAAGUUUGUUACCUAGUCCACAAACAAUUAGCUCAUCCCAACCAAGUACUUCAAGUACAAAGACCAGUACUCUUCCUUCUCCUACUUCUGUACCUGUGCCCAUAUCAGGACCUGUUCCUACUUCUGUUCCUAUUCCUGCUGCUGAACCAAGAACUGCAACAGAACCAAUAGAGAUCAUAGAUACAAAGCUGGACAUAGAUAAAACUAUCAAGGAGGAAAAUUCUUCUGGGACAUGGAAGACUUUGUCUAUAAUGCAUAAUGAUUCUUCAUCCCUAAAAUCUACUGUCCUUUCUGAAAAUAAUGUUGAUGCAGAAUGUAAACCUGAUAUUAAGAAUCUAAAUGUUAAAAUAGAACCAGUAAUGACAGGUGGUGAUCUUUCACACAAACUCAAGCAAAGACCAGAAGUAAUUUCUGCAGUUGAUAGAAUAGCAACAGCAGAAGCAGUCAAAAUUGAAACAGGGAAGAAUAAUCCAGUGGCAGUUGAACAUGUUUUAGCAAAUCUUCAGACCAUUGUCAGUGAAACAGCUACACAACCUGACAUAGAAAAUGCUUCCCAGCCAGAUAAAGAAGAAGCCUCUUUGCCACAGCAACCAGUCCUUAUUUCACAGUCAUCCUCCACUAAGGACUCUGGCUCUACACAUCAGCAACCACAGGAUGACUUGGCUAAGUUGGAGCAAGUUUGUUCAGAGAUUCAAAAUCAAGCUGAAGAUCAAAGCCUUGAUCAAAAGCCCAGUUCUGAUGAAUUGGCUGAAAAUAGUUCUAAAGUACAAGAACGUAAUACUGCUGCUAUCCGAGGCAGAGGAAGAGGUCGGGGCAGAAGAGGUGGAAGAAGAAUGGCAGAUGUACAAGAGGAAGAUGGUUCUGGCAAUGCCACACCAGCAACGCGCUCUAGUGGAGUAACACGAGGCAAGGGCCGAGGUCGAGGUCGACAGGCACGUACUAGUGAGAGUCAGCAAGAUACAGUUGUGGUUGAUUUGGCAACAAAUGGUACAACUACAGAUAAUGCUUUACCUGAACCCAGACGUAGCAGUCGUAUGAAACGUGCUCGAAGGCAUCCUGAUAUGGUAGAUCAUGAGGAAACAAGUGGACGUAAACGUCGUGGCCGUGGAGGGCGAGCUGCACAGGUGGAAGACAGCCGUCCAAUGCCAGCACCAACAGCAUCAGAUGUUUAUGACUUUCAUGAAUCAGAAGAUGAGGACAUUAAUUUGGGUCUCACCAAAGCUAAAGUUAAGAAGGAUGCCACAAAACCAGCUGCUGGGAGGAGUCCAGCUAAAGCUGAGCAGGAUGAUGUUCGACCAGUGGAUAGUGAUGAAAAUCGUUCCUCUUUACCAGUAGUACCCUUAACCAGAAAAUCAAAGAGAUUGCGUGUGAAAGCUGCAGAAGAUGAACCACUGACUGUUGACAUAAAUGAAGAAGGAAGUAACAGCAAUAAUAGUCAACCUGUAAUUGUAUUAGAAAGCUCUGCACCAAUACAGACACCAUUGACAACAGUAAAUACAUUGUCAAUAGCCACAGCUCCCAUUCCCCUCACUCCUACAACACCAUCUCGAAGUCGUAGCCGUUCAAAGGCAAGAGAAGGGGAACCAGAAGAUGACCCUUCAGUGAGAAAAAGUCCCCGUGGCCAUAACCGAGGCUUUGAUCCUCAAAUUGAAGUUGAGAAGGGUGUCUUGGGUACUUCACAGCCAACAACUUUAGUCGUCACUGGUGUAACUACCACCAUAUCAAGCCCUGUUCCAGCACCCAGCACAGCGUCAGUUGUACCACCCACUAUAGAGGAAUGCAAGUCAGAAGCAGAGUUAGUCGACCCAGUAACUGGAGUUGUAACACGAGUAAAAGUUUGUGAAGAAGGUCAGUAUGUGACAGACACAGGAGAUAGUGGCGUGCCACCAGUUGCCCAUAUCCUUCCUACAGUAAAUGUUGAUCAUCAUACUAAACCACAGAUAUCAACAUCAGUAAUUUGUUCUAGUAAUAGCACCAGUGUGAGUGUUGUGAAUACCAGUGCACAUCUUCUGGCAUCAACACUUCCAGCAGCUCAUGCCAACAUAGGGAGUCGUCCAGGUGUUACAAUGACUGUUGUGAGUAGUGGUAACAUUGGAACUCCACCUGUUGCAACUGGUGGCCAUCCAGGAGAUGUUAGUGUUGAGUUAGUUACUCGUCCUCGUGCUCCUCUCCAGGUGCCUGCUCAGGGGGCCAUUGUGUCUCCUGCUCUAGGAGGAUCUGUACCAAAUGUUAUUUCCACAAAGUGUCCUACUAUAACACCAUCCCAGGGACCACCAGUUAGCACUACAAUGCCAGCAAUUGUCAACUUAGGUAGUGCUCCAAGACCUACAGUAACUACGCCAGCUUAUAACACUAAACCUAAAAUUGUGCAACCACAGCAGCAAAUACAACAAGCACCAAUUCAGCAACAGAAGCAGUUGCCACACCUUCCACCACAGCAACCAGUGCAGCAGCCAUCACAGCCACAACAUUUACAACAUGCUCAACCUCCUCAGCAACAACCGCCACCAAAGCCUGGACAGGUAAAGGCAAUAGGUGGAGUUUCAUCACCUGGAUCAAUACCUAUUGGGAACCAUGUACGGAAGUCAAGCAUAUCAGUUCCUGCACCAGCUUACUAUUCUUCAAAGACUCCCGUUGCUACAGCACAAACACUGCAACGUUCUGCUGUUGUACCCAAGACUAGUACCACCUCUAGCCAACCACAACCAGCUGAACAUGUAAUAGAAGGACGAAACAUCAGUGCUGUGGCUUAUGAUGCCACACACAACCGGGUAGUUCCAACAGCAAGUAUUGAUGAAGCUGCUGGACAUCAUCGAAUAUAUAUGGAUGACCAGCGCACAGUUCAUGGUGAAUUUAGAGGAGUUAACAUCCAUCCAAGGUAUACAAAUUCUCGCUUCUUAGAGCCUCCACGUGUUGAUGUCACACGAUUGCCUGGUUCAUCUCCAUCAACACCGUCCCCUGCUGGACGGCCUCAUGAGCCAGAGCCUUCCCAUGCUGCUUCUCACCACUCUUCCAUGCCAGGUUACGAUGUGCAUGCUGCUGCUGCUGCUGCCCACAGUCACAAUACAAGUGCCCCCAUGCCUGCCUCCUCUGCUGCAAUUGCCCCUAAAGGCGGGCUGGCUCAUUACUACCAUUCAGGAGAUGUAGGAGAGUUUCACCAGCAGCCAGUAGCCCUCCACCAUCCCCAUCACCCAUCACAGCACAAUGCUGGUGGUGGCGGUGGUGGUGCUCCCGCUGCUGCUGCUGCUGCUAGUGUUACUGUUGGUGGUGGUGGUGGUGAACGUUAUCUUACCUCCCCCCCACUCUCCACCCCACCCUCUGCUCACACUCCCCCUCCUGCCCACCAGCACAUGCUGCAGGGUGAGAUGAUGCGUGGAGUAGCACCUCAGUACUUGCCACCACAUGUUUAUACCUCGCAGUAUUAUAGUGCUAUGGAUCCACGUAUGUUUGGAGGAGAGAAAAUUAUAACACAGAUGCCACUGGACAUGAAGGUAGAAAAGGGAGAGCCAGAGAAGCUUGAAUCACACUCCACUUCAGGGACCCCAGGACCAGCUGAUUUCCCCCCAAGACCGAGUGGAGCCCCAGCAGCAUUAGCUCCGAGGGGCCAGUCUUCACCUCAUGUCUUGGCUUCUCCACAUCAUGACCGGUCUACUGAUUCUCCUCAGGUUGCGAUGGUAUAUAGCCGCCUUUACGAUCGAUAUUACAAUUAUCCUGGUCGUGCUGGGACUCCUGGAGCUCCAGGAACAGGUGAACAUGAAGCCAGAAGCCGAAUUUCGUCACCCUCGGGAACUCCUCUUGUAUACCCUGCCAUGGGGCCAGCAGAAGUCCACCACCAACCAAUGGUACAAAUAUCAACUCCACAGUACGCUUCACAAGUUCCACCUCAGUUACAAAUGCUUAUACAGGGUACAAAUGUAACUUGGACUGGACUUCUGGGGCUGAAGCAAGAGCAUGCAGCUGUACAGAUGAUUUAUGUCUCGGGUAGCAGUGACGUUGCACGUGGUGCCUUGCCAAUUCAUCCAGAUGGAACUACUUCUGUUAUGCGCAUUGGUCAAAGAAUGAGAUUAGAACAAACACAACUUGAAGGAGUUGCAAGGAAAAUUCAGAUGGAAGCAGAACACUGCAUGCUACUGGCUCUUCCUCAUGGCCGAGACUCCUAUGACAUUAUCCAACAGCACAAUAGUCUACGUAAUGGCAUUAUCAACUAUCUUGUUGUGAAACAGGCUGCAGGGAUUGUAAAUGUUACUGCUCCUGGCACUCAUCAGCCUGCAUUUGUGGUUCACAUAUUCCCACCUUGUGAUUUUGCAAAUGAAAACUUGGCUAGAAUAUCACCGGAUUUGUUGCAUCGAGUUGCAGAGAUCUCGUAUCUUCUGGUGGUUAUUGCUACAUGCUGAGUCUCCUUUUAAUACUGAAGAAGGAUUGUGAUACCUGAAAUAUAAUUUUUUAAUGAAAAUGUACAGCCACUAUGUUUUAUGAGGUUUUGGAAGUGCAUUUUUAUAUCUUGAAAGGGACCUAAUACCAGAUUUGAAAUUGAAAAUGGAAACCAAGAAACUUUUACUUGAUAGGACUGAAAGUUGUGCUAUAUAUGUAAUUUUUCUUUUUGCAUCAGACCAUUUUCUUAUUUUCACGAAGAUUAUAGGACAAAAAGAACUUGAUAUUUGUAUUAAUGAGUUUUAUGCAGUUAUGAAAUGACCACUUCUUGAAAAUACUGCUGCAGAAUCUAUAUUUUUGUGAAGUGUUAAAGUGUGAAACUGAAAAGACAGUAAUAAUAAUAUGAUUUAUACUAUAUGUAUUAGAUAUUCAGAAAUUAACAAUGUAAGGAAAAGUUGAUUUAAAUCUCAAUUGAUUUUCUGUAGUUUGAGUUACCUUGGAAGCUGUAAUUCAAGAAUUAAUGUAAUAUUAUUUACUUUGUAAUUAGCAGAAAAUUGUAGAUUCUAUUAGAUUUGCACAACUACUUUAUUGCAAAUAAUGGCUUGUAUUUGUGAUGUAUGUAAAAGAAAGAUAAUUUAUUUGAUUUAAUGGCUGAUACACAGAAAUAUGAACAAUUAACAAGUAAGACCAUGCUCUCUGUCUCUCUCUCUCUCGAUGGUAAAUGAUAUAGAACACUGUGAUUACCGUUUUAAUGAACAAUGUAACAGGAAUGAUGAUAAUAAUAAUAAUAAUAAUAUGUGGAAAAGUGAUCAAAUGGCACCAUUAAACUAAUAAAAAAGGUAAAUAAUGAAGAAAUCUUGCGAUACAAUAAACUGGUUUGAUGUUGGUGUUAAAUUAUGGAAAUGAUAAGCUUGCCUCACUGUCGUGUUCUGAUUGUUUGAUGUGCACAGCUUGCAACAUCUCAGUAUACCUAUAACCACUAUAUAUGACUAAGCACGCUGGAAAAGACGUAAUAUUUUGGCCCGACAGCACUAGACCCUGAACAGUAGUAUGGCAUGGAAUGGCAGAAAAUCUGGUUUAUAGUGAAGUGGCCUAAAUAGGCAGUCCAUGCUACUGUUUCUGUGAGACUCUCCUAUGGACACCCCAAUUAAAGUCAUAUCUUGACUUGCCUCCACAUGAGUGAUGUAUGAGUGUUGUGUAAGUUGUGCAGACACAAUUUUUUGUGUGGCCUAACCAGCCUUGGGCCCAAUGGUGCCCAUAUGCCGCCUAUGGUGUUUAGACGAGCUGUAUAGUUGUAAAUACAAUAAUGAUUGUAGAAUAAUUCUUUUUUACUGUUCAUUUUGGUGGGUAUGUACUUAAAAAUGCUGCCACAACCACCAUUAUGAUUGGUGAUUGACACACAGCUAGAUCCAAAGCUCUGAUAUGGCUGUGUGUGCACCAAAAUGUUGUUCGUGUGUAUACACUGCAUUCAGGGUGGCUGUGUGCAGCCCAUUGUUAUUGUAUGUACAGAUCUAAGCAUGGAGUCACCCUGAUUUAUUUAUUUAUCAGUCAUCUUGUUCAUCAUCUGUUCCAUCUUCCUCAUAAAUACUCCCCCUCAUAAGUGAUGCUCUGCCUCCUUGUUUUCAUUCACAUGCACAUACACACCUGCCAGUCACAUCUUGUCUAUGUCUAGUGUGGAAGAUCUAAGAAGACAGUUUUCACUAUUACCAAUUCCUACCUUAAUCUUGUGAUGCCUGUCUCCUGGGCUCGUGAGCACAGUCCUCAGGAACCUUCUCUACUGCAACACUCUCAUUCUUAGCCAGCUAUCAACAUGUGGAUUUCUCUAUCUCACUCAUACACUUUCUCUGUUUUAAUGUGGCACGUUAAUAUGAAGGAAGUCUGUUGCUUUUGUCCCCUUUUCUUUGAUUUACAAAUUGACAUCUUUCACCACGAAUUUGCAAGCCUUGCAGAAUCAUCUGAGCUAAACCAUCCCCCCCCCCCUUUCUUUUAUACAAAGCAGCUAUUUGAUUCUUACUUGCCUGUCACACUUCAUUGAAUAAGGUGUCAAACAGAUUCUCAUAAUAUAAGAAGGCGCCUAAUGCGGAUUAGCCUGCCGCUGCUAUGGCACUCUUGGUAUAGGAUUUUAAAAGAAAAUCUGUAAAGCAUUUGGUCUAGAUUUAAAAAAAGCUUACUUGGUUCUGCACUGUUUUCAGUUUCUCAGCAGAAUUCAAUCUAUUGUAUGUUUGCUCAAGAAGUUAGCGGAAUUCUAUUUUCACUUUUUAUUAAUAUUAUGUAAAAUAUGUGGCAAAUCUAUUUUUGAUGUACAGUUUGAAAAUGUGAAAAAGUGUUUAAAUGUAAGUGUACUUGUUAAGUGUUGCAUACAAGAUACGAAGUGUGUCUGAGGCGUUUGUAAAUAGGUCUAAAUAAACUUUUAGGCUGUGAUCCUCAGUUCUCUAGAAGCUUCUUUGGUCAGAAAGUUUAUUAAAAAGUCCAGUGACCAAUUUAAAUUAUUUCAAAAACCAAUAAAUAUCACAAAGAAAUUUAA